UUUCAAUAUUCGGCAAGUGCGUUGAACACAUGUAGAAUCACUAGGUACACUAGGUAGGCCUACAACACUCUACCAAACAGUGUGACACAAGAUUCUAUUGCUGAAAUAGGGGACUCCAGUGUGUAAUCUUUUUUCAUGACUGCUCAGAUAAACUUAAUAAACUAAAAAUAUGUCUAAUACAUUAACAAACGAAGCACACCAAAGAAGUUUGAAAGAUUUCCUCACAUUGUACAAUACAAUAACAGAGUAUUGUUUCAACAAAUGUGUCUCGAACUUCAAUGAGCGUAGUGCUUCUGGAUCAGAGACAACAUGUGUGGAUGUCUGCACCGACAGUUACGUACAAUACAACCAAAGGUUCAUGUUCAACUUUGUCGACCAUCAAGAAAGGCGCAAGAGGGAUUUAGAAAGUGCUGCCAUCGAGGCUGCACAGAAGGAGGCAGAAGCUGCCGCAUCAGGCACAGCAACGCUGCCAGAUGCCCAAACCUUGGAGCUCAGCCAGGAGGGCGCGUUACAACAAGCUGCGCAACUCCUGGAGUCUAUGAGUUCUAGCAGUGGUGCUGCUGGCUCCAGUGUUGAUGGUGCUGGCUCCAGUGUUGAUCAAGGUGUGUUUAAUAACCCUACACAGUCAUCGUUAACACCAUCCGACAGCACACCUGUAUGACCAUACCUGUGUUUGGUAGACAUUAGAAAUUGAUUGCUAGAAUGUGCUGUACUAGUUAUAAUAUGUCUGUAUCAUUUGUUAUGACCAUACCUGUGUUUGGUGACAUUAGAAAUCGAUUGCUAGAAUGUGCUGCGCUAGUUAUAUCUGUAUCAUUCGUUUUUUUAAGCAUCCCAUUUAUCAAGAAAACCGCAUGUGUAAUGAGUGACCUGCAAUGUCAGGUUUUGUACUGAAGUUGUAAAUAUUACAAAAAACAAUUUAUAAAACAUGUAAAUGUUUUGUUAUUGACUUGGUUUUACUAUCCCAUGUGUUGUGUUGGCACAUCAUCUGCCUUUUAGUCUGGGUGGGUGAAAUCUUUUUUAAUGAAUAAUUGUUGAGGCAACAAAAAAUUGAGUUGUUCAUGUAAACUUACAUAAAAGCUGAUUUUAUUUUUAAAAUGAAUAGUCUCCCUUUUUAAAAAUUUGUUAUAAAGUAGAUCUUGUUGUCUCAUUUUUUUUAAGUAUUAAAUAUUCAUUUCAGAUUUAAUUAAUAAAAAAAUUAUGUGGAUUUUUAAAAGACUACUUUUGUGGUUUAAUUGCUGUUUCACUACAAUUUAUAAGUCUUUGAUAUAACAAAUUUUUGCUCAUGAAAGAUUAAAAUAUGAACAAUAAUGCUUUUUUUUAAAAAUGUUUUAUAAACAAGUCUUGAAUUAGUGUUCUAUUCAUUAGCUAUUUCUAUUCUCUAAUGGAGUUUCUCAGUUUGAAUUAUAAUUUUUUUUUCCAAAAAUUAAAUUGUGUAAUUCAUGUGGCAGUAGUUUUCAGCAGGAGAUUACAACAGUAGUUGUAAAUGAUUAUGUAUGUCACUUGAACAGAACCAUAUGCGAGUACUUGAAAUUUUGUAUUUAUGUCAAGGUCUAUUUAUAGGGCUGUGUUGAUGUAUGCCUUUGAGUAGUAAAUUGCUAAAUGUAGCAAUCGUGUUAUGAAUGUUAUGGCAUUAUCAUAGAAGAAUUUUAUUUAAUAAAUGUAAAGGUCUGUACAUAGAUGUUUUGAUAAAUGUCACUGAUCAGUAUACAUAAAUGUCACUGAUCAGUAUACAUAAAUGUCACUGAUCAGUAUACAUAAAUGUCACUGAUCAGUAUACAUAAAUGUCACUGAUCAGUAUACAUAAAUGUCACUGAUCAGUAUACAUAAAUGCCACUGAUCAGUAUACAUAAAUGUCACUGAUCAGUAUACAUAAAUGCCACUGAUCAGUAUACAUAAAUGUCACUGAUCAGUAUACAUAAAUGUCACUGAUCAGUAUACAUAAAUGCCACUGAUCAGUAUACCU